AUACCCGGGUAUUUCGACCUUAGUAGUCUGCAAACAGAUAGAAUUGCAAUGGGUUCACCAUUAGGUCCCCUCUUGGAUGAUUGCUUCAUGGAUAAUCUGGAAAAUAUGGUACUUCGACCAAUAAUUGAGCGAUUUCAUUCAUAUAAGAGAUUUAUGGAUGAUACUUUCAUUAUUUGUGAAGAUAUAAAUCUCAAUCAAAUUUUGAGUCGAUUCAAUAAUUGUCAUCACUCAAUCCAAUUCACGUUGGAAGCGGAUUCGAACGAGAACUUCAUCUUGAUGUCCGACUGAAAAGGUCAGAUGGUUGUUUACAGAGAUCUGUAUAUAGAAAACCGACCUGGGAUGGUCAGUACGCGAGCUUUCAUAGCUGGGUCCCAUUGAGUAGAAAGGAAAAAUUAAUUCACUCCUUAUUCUCAAGGAUCAGGUAAAUAUGUUCUAAUCACGUUAUAGAUGAUGAACUACAUCCUCAACAGACUCAUCAAAAAUGGUUAUCCACCUAAAUUCGUCGAUAAGAACUUGACACAUAGACAUCAUGAAAAAGCAUCAACAAUUCCAAAGAAAACUUUCUAUGAAUAUUGAAUUCAAAGGGGAUACGGCUGCCGAAAUCUUGAAUGGACGGAUUUCAAAAUCACUGAAUAAAAUCUACUCAGCUAAGCUCCGCAUUGUCUUCUCAAGCUGGCCUACCGUCCACGGAUAUGUUAAGGAUAAACUUCCUCUUUGGGUCUCGUCAACGUUCAUCUAUAAAUUUACUUGCUACUUUGAGACAGGUCACAUUGGCCGCACAAAGCGAUCACUUCAUAAAUGUACCUCAACAUUGCCUGGCGUGGCUUUCAAAAGAAUUCAAAACAGUUACCAUUUCAAUACAGAAUAUCUAGUUAACUCUGGACACGUCGCUUCGAAGGAGUCUUACUUUAAAAUAAUCUACACAAUCAAAGGAACUAGAUCAAAGAGAAGUUGAUUUAAAAACUUAUGUGCUACUGAGGCGUUGGUGAUCUACUAAUUUAAACCUUAACUCUGCGUACAAAGCGUCCAACCUCUCAUCUUUUCUUGGCCCUAAUUCCCUUCUGUAGAUGAUCAGAUCUACUGGUGGUUUACCGGAAUCAUCCACAACGUUUAAUAAACCGAACUGUGAUAGGGACGGCCAAUGCAAUACAGCUAACAGUUUAAAUAAUGUUGUUGUUGUUACAGUCCCGUCAGUUAAUCUGACAAAUCCAUCUACUUCAGUGAUUGUUGUUAGUCAAUCGACUACUACCAUGUCUAGUUCUAGUCGUAAUUCUCGAAAUAAUAUUAAUUACAAAUGUUCAUGCAAAGAGUUAGCAUCUCAUCCUUCUCAUCGUUCUAAUCAUUAUUCAUCUGGUGUUCAUUCAUCACAUUUUCAACAUCAUGGUAAUCAUCACCAUCAUCAUCAUUAUAAUCAUCCUUGUCCUAAAGAAAAUUACACCUCUCGUAGUGUCGUUGAAAGUAGUAAUUCAUCUUCCGCCAGUGGGAUAAGCAGUGGGACUAGUUCAAGUCAUCAUUAUUCUUCACAUUAUUCUACAUCUCAUCAAACUGCUUCAACUUUUCAACAAAACAUAAGACAUAAUUCAUUCCCCAUUAAAUGGAAACCAGCGAUAAGUAGACACUUACAAGAGUUCAUGAUCAGUCAAUGGGAACAGUUUCAUGCACAUCUGUUACAUUCGAAUAAUAUUGUUACAAAAUCAUGCUGUACUGGAGCAACAACAAUAAAUACUGGUACACUGACAACAGUAGCUAUUAAUAAUCAGUUUACCACGUCUGGUGAUUCCACUAAUAAUCAUGACAGCCCAUCAUCAUCAAAUGACAUGACUUCAUCAAGAACUAGUUUAUCUGAUAAUUCUUCAUCAGGGCAAAUCGCUAAUUCCCAAUCUAAUAAUAAUGGUAGUAAUAAUAAUAGUGGUAAUAAUUCACCCUCGAUAAUUGAAUCAAAUAUUAUUGGUCGUAGUAGCAGUAGUAGAGUGAAUGAUUUACCUGUUACACUAGCUACUAUUACUACUACUACUACUAUUAGUGAUACAACACAUGGGCCUGGUAGCAAUAAUGUCAGUAGUAACACUUGUGGUGUUGCGAUAAGCAGUUGUAGUAGUUAUCCUAGACGUAAACAAAGUUGUGGAUAUGUUACAAAUCAAAUGGGGAAGGUUAUGAAUACAGGUUCAUUGGGGUGGAAAAGAAAUCAGACUUCAGGAAGAAAAAACUCCUCACCUGGUAAUUUCAACAAUCGAUAUCCUGUAAAUUACUUCAGUAAUCGAAACUCUUCAUUCAUUAUAUCUACUACUACUACUACUACUACUACUUCUACCACUGCUACAUCAAACAGUCUACUUCCUGUUGUCACGUAUAUUUCAUCAUCUAUAACCACCAUCACCACCACUACCACAACAACAACUCCAACAGUAGUGAAUUCAUCAAAUACUGAUCAAAUGAGUAUCACCACUGUAACCGUAAAUAAUCAACCCAAUUCGCAAAGUUCAAGUGUGAUUGAUUUUAAAACUAAUCCUUCAGUACCCACUCUAUCGUCGUCAUCAUCAGAGAGUUGUAUACAACAGAAAGUUUCUUCUCUUCCUGAAUCCAAUUCAAUUUUUAAAGUUGAUAUUUACAACACUUUGACUGUAACAAAUUCAAUAAUAAAUUCACAAAAAUUGGAAAUAAAAACAGAGAAUAUUGAUAAAGUUUCAGAUAUGAAAAUUCAUGUUAACAACAACUGUGUUGUUAUAGCACAACAACAUCUGUCUGACUUACAUCUUACCAGUGGUGAUGAUAAUAAUAAUACAGUUAAGUUGAAAGAAGAUAUUCCAGUUGACGAAUCGAAGAAAAAUUCAUGUGUAACUUUAUCCAAUUCAUCAUUUUUAUUAUUGCCUGAAGAAGAGAAAACAUCAACAACUGCAUUGAUUUCGAAAGUUGAUCAAGAAAUCGGAAGUUCUAUUAGCUGUGGGAAAGUUGAAGAAGGUGAGUGCUACUGGACUCCGGAUCCCCCAGCCUCUCCUGAAAAUAACACUACCCCACAUGAAAAUUAUUCCAGUAGUUAUCAUUCAACUAGUAUAUCUCCAAGUCCUCCACAACUAUCAGUUUCAUUACCAUGCUCAAAAGAUCUAAACGCUACUGCCUAUCAUCCACCGCUUGGUAUCCGUACAGAAUUAUCUUCAAUGCUUGAUUUUCGUCGAUGCAGUCAACCCAGAGGUUCUCCUCUUAUCUCUUCAUCUAACAAUAGUAGGUUAGAAAGCCUCAAUGAUGUUGAUUAAAAUUCUAAUCAGCAUUCUUUUUCUAUUGUCUGUUAUAAUCAUCAAUAUUUAAUUGCCUCCAGGUUUUCUUUAUUUUGGAAAAACUAAAAACCAUUUUAUUUUCGUUUUGACCAAUUGACAAACCGGUGGGUUCCUCUGAACCUGCACUUACGCUUGUCACAUUUUUCUUAUACUGCAUUAAAUUGUUUUAGUCCCCUAUUUAUCUGAUCUAUUUACCUAUAUAAUUAUACAAUAAAAUCUAUGAUUUGAGACUGUAUAAUAAUUUUAUUCAGUUAAUCAUAUAACUUAUUAUUUGAGCGGAUUUUGCAUUUGCUUAUUUGUUAUUUUUAAUUGCGAAGUUGAUUAAUUAUCGUUUACUGAUUUUGUUUAACUACUGAUAUCGUUUGUUAGUAAUAUAAUAUUUUAUUUCAUUUUGUUUUUACCCCAAUACUUGUAUUUUUAUCGUUCGUUCAAGGGGAUUAAUAAUAUAAGCUGGUAAUUUAUUUAUUAUUGUUAUUAUUCUGUGUAGGUAUCUUUUAUGCUGCCAAUUGUAUGUUUAUUUAUGUUGUCUUGUGCAUUUUCCAGGUUCUGUCCCCUCCUCACAGCCUCAAUUUGAAUUUUCUGUGCUAUUAUGGAUAAUUUCCAUAGUAGUAGUAUUAUUAGUUUUGUUUAUUUCUUAUUUAGCUGAUUUUCCAUGUUUUAAUUUUAUAAUAAUACAUUUCAGAGUAGAGGUUUUUU